AUGUCCAAUGGUAGUAACUACUGGCGCGCCCAGCAGCUCCAUCCUGGUGCUGGUACGAUUGCAGCAGCCAGGGCGUGUUGUCCGCCCCGACACGUUGCCGAUUUCCUGGUUAAUAUCUUCUUCAAAUAUGUGGAAACGUAUUAUUUCUACGUUGAAAGGACGUGGCUUGAAGAUAGAAUAGACAAGCUGUAUUAUGAUCCUGGAAAGUUCAACAGAAAGAGCGCCUCAGUGGUAAGUAUCAUCCUCACUGUAUUUGCCAUCGCGACGCAGUAUGCGUACCUUGACUCGCCAGCCCAACGAACUUGGAACACCUCAGCCCCGGACUUCUCAGAGGACGCACUUGGAACGAUGUUCUAUGAGCAGGCUAUUCGUUUCCUGCCGGAAAUCAUCGAAGCCUCAUCCCUUGAGAGUGUCCAGGCGUGUUUGCUGUUCGCUGUCUAUGCAUUGCCUGUUGAUGCUUCCGGGUUGGGCUACAUCUAUAUUACUUUGACUACCCGACUCGGGAUGCAGAAUGGGAUGCAUAGGCAGUACAGAGGUACGAGGCUGAGCGCCGCAAUGAUUGAAACGAGAAAUCGUGUAUGGUGGACGGCGUAUACACUGGAAAGGAAAAUUGCCAUAUUCCAUGGUAGGCCGUUGUCUACUCACAGAGAUGAUGUCGAUGCGAACCUUCCUACAUAUUCGGCAAAUCUACCGGCGGAUGGUUCGCUCAACACCACGCCAUGCAUGGUCACUUCUAUCAACCUAACACGGCGACUCGAGGAGUUCUCCCACGACAUGUCCCUUCUUCGAACAUGCCAGAAACAUGAACGCUCCGCAAUUCUAUCGCGGCUGGUGGCCGGAAAGCAGGACCUAGAGACCUGGUGGGAAAGUCUAGCUGACGAAAUCUAUAUUGAAACACCGUCUCACCAACCCUCCUCGCGGAUGAUAAAACAUAUUCAACUGGAGUAUGCUCUAGUGCGAAUGUUUAUCGGUCGGCCUCUCCUGCUGAACCGCUUGUUGACUGGAUCUACACCCGCUUCUCCAGAAGACAGCGAGAGCCGAAGUGCAGCCAACCACACGGUGCCAUCUCAGGGCAGCCAUCUAGAAACAAGACAGGAGCUUAUCGACUGUUGCAUCCGAGCUGCCCAGGAGGCUCUUCGGCUCUGCCGGACCUUGCGUGAUACGAGGCCUGGCCUCGCGCGGAGUUCUUAUAUUGAGUACAGCUCGUGCAGAGCCUCGUUACUGGCUCUCAUAGCCCAUUCUAUUCAUGACCAGUCCGUUAGAUUUCGGAGUGACUUACGCGAUGGGCUCGAUAUGAUCCGUGAAAUGGCUGCCGCCGGAGACUCAGCCCGGUCAGAAGUCGCGCUGUUGGAAUCCCUUGAAGGGGCCUUGACGUUACUGCAGUACUCGAGUGAGACGGCCGACAAUUCUGAAAGGCAGAAUGUGUCCAGUGAGGAGUGUCAUUCGGGUUAUGAGGGCUUCAAGUACUGGGAAUCACAGUUCAAAUCUGCGGGAACAGGCAACUCCCUGCCGACUGCCAGUGCUCCAGUGGGUGACGGAAUAUCGCCUUCUCAGCACCAGAUGCAGAGAAUACAAGAACAGGAAGAUAGUCUAUUGGGACCUCUCCCUCGAAAUCUGUCUGGUUAUGUGACUCCGCCUGUACAUGGGACAGAUCACCUGGGGCAUGUAGGGCCAGCGGCUGAUCUAGAAGACUACUAUGGCAUUCUUCCCAGCAGCCAGGAUAUUCUUCAUCCGGACUUCUGGAACUGA